AUGUCAGCGUCACUAAGUCGUCAGGAAAAACGUCUGGAGCAGGAGCUGUGGUAUCAUGGACUGUUGCCCCGCGAGGAUAUUAAGGUACCUUCCUGGGAAAGUUUUUAGUGGCCACUCCAGUAGUUUUCCAUUCAGUAUUUCUUCCAGUAACUCUGAUAACUUUAAAAAAAAACAGCUUGGACCAGUUAUGUUGAUCCAUUGGCCCCUAAAGUGGCCACUAAAACGUUUAGUGGUCUAAUAGGAGCACUUAGACCCCUUAAGUGGCCACUAAUUGUUAACCCCUUAAGUGACCACUAAUUUGACUACUAUAGUGGCCAUUAAAACGUCAAAACCCUAUAGUGGCCACUAAAAAUUCUCGCAGUCUGGUAAAACUUUCAAAGACGCUUGAAAGUCACUGGAAAUUUAUUUAGAACUCGAGGGUUUCAUUAGGAAGUGAAAUUGGUAUCAUAAACUGUCUUGAAAUCAGUUUUGAAGCUCAAAAAUUAAUAGAACUAUUUAAAAAUGAGCUUUAGAAUCUUAUAGAUUUCCUGGUUCUGUUUUUUUAAAAAUAGGACCUUGUAGAUUUAUUUUUUUAAGCUGUAGAAAAACUUCAAAAAAAUUUUUCUAGUUUCAAAUUUCAACUUUCUUAUGCAUGUAGCUCAAGCGGAAAGUUACGAUUCCUUCCCACAAAAAGUAGAAUUUUUUUGUUUUCUUUUUCAGUUUUUUUCCUAAAUCCAGGUUUUUUUGAAUUUUUUUCUUUGCCAAUAAGGUCUCUUGGAAAAAAAUGAAUAAAUUUCGACUGGGGGCUGAAUCAAAUGUGGAAGGCUAUAUCAUAUUCUGAAACUGCUAAAUGGGGAAGAUUCUGGAAUGCCUUGGCAUCUUCCACAUUUGAUUCAACCCCCACAAAGAUCUUUGAUUUUACCCCCACCAGUCGAAACUUGCCUUGAUGGGGGGCUUGUACGGACGUAGGAGGGGGACUGAAAAAAACGUUCUUCCUAUCAAGAAACAUAUAGGCAAUGUUGCGAAACAACGGCGACUUCCUCGUCCGAGUCACAGAACCCGUGGUCGGCUCGCCUCGCCAGUACGUCUUGUCCGUCAUGUGGAACAAGGAUCUUGACGAAAAUCACGCGGUAUUCCUACCCAUUGAUACAAUUUUCACGAGUUCCUCUUCAGGUCAAACAUUUUUUAAUUGCCUAUAUGGGGCAAAAGUAUUCUAUUGAAAAGUAUUCAUUUGAUUCUAUCGCGCAGAUGGUCGAACAUCACCUCAUCACCAAGGAGAGCAUCACCAAAGUCUGUUUUUACGGAUUACUGUAGUUUUAUGUUCCGCAAGUUUGCGUCGCAUUUUUUUGUAUAGCUCAGAUCAAUUACAAUGACGUCAUUUAAAAACGCCCUGCGGAUGGUUCGCUUUCUGAUUGGUUUAUUGGGAAAUUAGGGGCGGAGCUUAAGCGAAGGAUUGACAUUUAAGAUAGGGACCGCAAAGCCACGCCCCUUUUCGCGAUAGAAAAAGUGGCUUUUUUUUUGGUUUUCAACUUUAAUUUUGCUGUAGUUGCAAAAUAUGUGGAACUGGAUAAUAAAUUUUGACACACAUGUAGAGAAAAGCUUCCUCUUUCGUUUAAAAAAUAUUUCACGCUUUUUUGAUGCGUUCGCGCGGAAUGUCGUACAAAAACGUGAAUGGAACUAAAAAAUUUUGUCAAUUUUUGCUUUUUCAUGUGUUUUGAGGUCGAACGCACUCUUUCUUUUUUUAAAAUAAUGAUUUUUGAUUCAAGUAACGGUAAUUUUAAAACAAUAAAAUAAAAAAAUUCGUCUUUGCGAAAAAAAUUUUUAGGGAGUGCCGAAAGUCAUAAUUCAAAAAUAUCGUUAACAAGCGAAUAUAAUCGAGUUUUUUUGUUUUUUUCAAAAAUUUAGAACAUGGGCUUACUUAAAUUUUUUUCUCCACAGCAUCUGUGCUUGAAAAAAAGUUGUUUAAUACGCAAAAAAAUGUUCUUGAAACUAGAGGAUAAAAAUUAGCGGCGUUUAUCACACCGAAAGCGGUCGAACGCAGGUUUUUUUAAACGAUUAUAUACAUUUAUUAGUGAAAAAAAUCUUUCAAUUAAAAAGAAUAAAAUAAAAAAAUUCGUCUUUGCCAAAAAAUUUACGGGGCCGUUUUUAAUGCAGCGAUCGUUAAACGAGGCAAAAAGCACUAAAAAAACAGUUUUUUUCAAAGUGAAUUUCCACGAAAAGUUUGAGUAAAGAUUUGCGAACAUAUUCUGAUAAAAAAAUAGCUAAAUUACUUCAAGUUUUUUUCUUUUUGAAAUAGGCAAUCUGUGCUAUCCAAACGGAUCAAGGGUAUGGCGGAUGGAAGCUCCCCUCGCUAGACCUAACAGCUUGGCGCAGCGCGUGCGCUGCGAAUUUUAUUUUUGAGGUCGCGAGUUCGAUGCCCGCAAGCGCCAGUUUUUUGUUUUCUGGAAAAUACCGACUUUUUCGGCAAACUAGCAAAUUUUUAUCAUUUUAGCACUCUAUUAUGAUUUGUCACAUCAUAAUAGACCAGUAUCAAAACUUGUUCUGGAAGAAAAAUCGAGAAAAAUGUCAAAAAUGGAUAAUACCAAAAUUUCAGUACUAAAAAAAUGGUGCGCGGCGCGCCACAUUUUUCGUCAUAACUUUUUUCAUCCUUAAUCUUUUUCGAAAAACUAAACGGUUCUGAGUUUUGAAUCGAAACAGCUAUCAAACCAUACAAAGCUCAAUGCUGAAAAAAAUUUUUUGAGAAUUCGUCUGCGGUCCCUAAUUUAAGAUUUGGACGCAAUAACGUUGAUUGAGGAUUGCUGAAUAAAUUUUUCGAGAUGAUUUUUUUGGAAUAGAUUUUUUUGGAAUAAAAAAACGGGUUACUGUAGCCAAUGCAUAUAAAGAAAAAAAUCAAAAAAAGAUGCUUUUUUUUAUGGGCGGGUUACUGUAGGGGGGUGGAGUUGAGGGUCAAAAAUUGGUCUUUAAAGGAACAAAGAUCGAUUUUUUUGUGAAGUUAUGUUUAAAUCACGUUGAAAUAUGUGUGUAAAUUCAAUAAGUCCAUUCAAGACGACUUUUAACUGUCUGCGCUCUCUUUUCCCUCCCUGUCAAGGUAAUUUGAAUACAGAAUCAUGGAAGUGUUGCUUAGACAGAAGAGAGCGCAGAGAAAUCAGACAUUUUUAAGUUGUGCCGAAAUGAAAAAUAAAUAGUAGGACUCUUGGAUUUUUUUAAAUAAUGAAUUUCCUUCCAGGCCACCGAGGUAGUUCUAAAAAAAUGCGGUCCUCAGGCAGUCUUGGGAACUCGACCACGAUAUGAUUGAAGUCAGGAAAAAGGUUGAUCUCCCAAAGAAUCGAUAAUGAAUAUAUAAAUUUUUUUCCAGUUGGGCGAAGGAGCAUUUGGUGAGGUCAGCAUGGGCGUCUUGAAGCUAAAAAGUUCGAGAAGAACGAUUCCAGUCGCCAUCAAAUUGGUCAGAGAAGAAAAGAUUCCACUUAGGGACGCCCAAGUUGUCCCUUUAGAUUUCAAGGAGAAAAAGCUUCUUCAGAGGGAUCCCUAUAGGGGUUUAGGUAGAGACCGGCAACGAUUUUUCGAAAAGGAAUACACAAUGAAACAAGGCGGGGGAGGGAGGGGCUUUAGAGGUCGAAAAAGGGCUCCCUACAGGGGUGAAGUUCAGGUGGUCCCCUCAGGGCUUUAGGGUCUGACUUGUAAGCUUCUAAAGCUUAAGCGAUAGAAGCAACUUUUGCAAGCUUCUUUGGCUCAUGUUUGUAGAGCUAAAGUGGUCCCUAGAGGGGAGAGUUUAACAGCCCUUAAGGUUGCCCCUUUAGGGACCACUCGAUAGCUUCUUAAAAACUACCGAGGUCUAGAAAAAGGUGUUAUAGUCAAUGUUUCUCGACUUGAAAGGCGAGGGAGGCAGGGCAAGGGGCGGGACGCGUAGCGUGCGCGUACACGGUUCUUGGCGCCAGUUCAAUUCAAUCGCCGCCGACUAUUUAAAAAGCUCAGGCAACCGCUCUUUUUCAACGUUUUCUACUAUUUUUUGAUGAACACAUAACAUAAUCAAUAAAUAAUUGGAAAAGGAAUGAAAGGAGCAAAAAACGGGCUUUUCAAAGAGUAGCAAUUGAAUUGAACACGUGCCAAGAACCGCGAACGCACACGCUACGCGUCCCGCCCCCUGCCUCGCCUCCUUCGCCUUUCAAGUCGGGAAACAUUGACUAUAUGAACGCUCAAAAAUCAAAUCUAAACAUCCGAUUGAGUUUCUUUGUUGGAGGCAAGUAGAACUGAAUCUCAAAAAACCAAAAUUUUUAAUUUUUUCUAGAAAAGGGGGAUUUUCAAAGUUUUACAGCUGCUUGAGACAUUCCAGCACACCGACUUGUGCUAAUUCGACUCUAUUUUCAUUUUUAAAGCUCAAUAUAAUUUUUACAGACCUCAUAGGCCUUUUUAUGAACUGAAAUUCAAACGAAGCGUUAAAAACUGUAUCUGGUAGUUUCAUUCAGAAGUGUGGUCUAAACCCCGUUCCUAGUGAAGUUCUUCGAGAAAAAUUUUUCAGGCAAAACUGGAAAAACUGACGAAAGAGCAAAUCAAGGAGAUUAUGCGGGAGGCCCGAAUGAUGCGACACUUUGAUCAUCCGAAUGUCGUCCGAUUUUUCGGAGUCGCCGCUGGACAAGAACCCCUGAUGGUGGUCAUGGAACUCGCCAGCAACGGGGCUCUUGACUCUUUUCUUUCCAAGAAUGAGCAGUCCCUGGAGAAGAAGAACGAGAUGAUUCUGCAGGUUUGGAUUGAUGGGAGUAGAGGAAAAAUAAUUAAUAAAGUCCAUAAGUGCCUUAAAAUUUGCUCUUUUGAUGGCUUUCCAUAGAAAAAGGAAGGUUGAGCAGAAGUUUCAGAAAAGGAUGAAACGUCCUUUUUCUUGAAAGAUGUGAGAAUUGUCAGCUUCAGCACCUUUAGUAUCGUCAAAGCAGCCUAGACUCUCCUUUUGGUUCUCAAACUUUCCGUUGAAAUUUUACCCUAAACUCGUGGAAAAUUCAUAUUUCAAGUCAAAAAAGUUUACCUAAAUGAGGCUCCUUACACUACUUGAAACGUAGAACUUGAAACGUUGAAAUCUCGCGAAUUUUUGAGAAAAUGAGCAAAAAAAUAAGCUUUGAGGGUACUGUACUUUUUGUGCAUGCACACACUGCACUACUGACCUUUUAAUUUACGACUCUUGAUUGUAUUUAUCCUUUUCUUGCGCUUUUUUUGCCUUUUUAUUAUGGUACUGCGCAGGCACAGUGAUAUCAAUGGGUAUUUUACUCUCUAUAUAUUUUGAUACAACUUCCUUCACAAAGAUUGAGUGUUUUUCUGAAAAGCUGAUUCUUUUUGAAAAUUUGGCCUAUAAAUGAAACUUCUAAAGCAUGACCUUUUUAUUGCAUCAAGUCUUUUUUGGAGCUCAGCUUGAAGGAAAUCAUACUUUCGAGAUUAAUUAUCGACUAUUUAAAGAAUUUUGAUGAAAUGGACAUGGUUCUUCAUGGGUUCUAUUAUAUAUAUUCUCAAUCGAAUUGAUUACAAGCGUUUCUCAUUUUAUUGUUGUUUUUAAAUCAAUUUUUUUCUUCAAUUUUUUUGUUAAUUUGAUCAUAUCCCAUCAUUUAUUCAGGCGGCAUGGGGCCUCGAAUAUUUGCACAUGAAAAACGUGCUCCACCGUGACAUUGCUGCCAGGAAUUGUCUCUAUGGCGAUGGAAAGGUAGUUUUUUUUUUCUUUAAGAAAAAUUCACAAUGGUUUUCAGGUCAAAAUUGCAGACUUUGGUCUGUCGCGUGAAGGGACGAUCUACCAGAUGGAUCCGUCCCGACGGGUUCCAAUUCGUUGGCUGGCCGUGGAAACCCUCCGGACCCAGAUUUAUUCUCAAAAAACGGAUGUGUGGAGUUAUGGUGAGCUGUUUUGGAGGGAUUAUUUAUUUCCAGAAUUUUAGGUUACUUGAUUAAUGUUCAUACAUAAACAGGUCAUUUAAAAGGCUGCCGAUCCCUCUCGAAUUACCUUCCUGAGGAUACAACUUGUACUAUUGGGUCCAAAAUUACCUCCAUGAGGGUUGAAACUUGAUUUUAUUCCUAGUUUUCCAAGAUUUAUGAAGGCCAACUCUUCCUCCCGGCCUGUAUGAGUUCUGAACUUGCCCUUCUUAAAAUUCGAAAAAUAAGAAAGUUUUCAAAAAGCUUUGCUCGAUCAAUAAAUGGGACCCUUUUCGACCAAAAGUAAAACUUUUCGUUUUGAGACCUUUAUGCAUAUUUUGUGUUUUUGGGCUAAUUUUUAGGCUUGUUCAAGUUUAAAAAAAUCCGAAAAACAAAAAAAAAAAAACAAAAAUGAUCGAAAUUUUUCAUAAAACGAAACCCUUUCAUGUCACGAAAUAACACUAAAUAGCGCCUUUUCGUCUUGAGACCUUCACGAUUUUUUUUUCUUUUUUCUUCAAAUAUUAUAAUCAGUUCCGUUGCUCAUAUGAUAUAGACCUUGAAAAACAACUUUUUUUGUUGACUAAAAAAAUUUUUUUAGAAAAAUUUUUUUAUUAGAAAAAUCCGGCUUUUUAUUUCAUUUUUUUCUACCAGAUUUUGAUUCGUUACAGCCGAGUUUUUGAACGAAAAAUCGAGUAAUAUUGUAUAUUUUUUUGGCCACAUCAUAUCUUUAGUCAAUAUUUUUUUCUGAGCUAGAAGCUUAAAAAAAUAGGAUGAUUUUUUUAAACCCUUUUUUUAAAAACUUUUUUUAUAGUUCCAUGCAGGUCUUGCCAGACUAGAAAUUAUUUUUUUUUUCUUUAAUUUUCAAUUCAAAAAAUAAAAAAAAAUUGUUCUAGGCAUCAUGUGCUGGGAGAUCUACAACAACGGGCUGGAGCCGUACCCGGGUAUGACGGUGGUCGAAGUGAACAAUCAGGUCCGAGAAGGAUAUCGCAUGGAGCUCCCCAGCAACGUCAACCCGGACAUUGUCGGCUUGGUCAAGGUCCUGAGAAUUUAGGGGUUUUCAGAGUUUCUAGGGGAUUUUUCACACGUAGUCGAUUCACAGCUCUCUUGAGACGCUAAGGGGCGUGGCCUGUCUGCGCUCUCCACCAACUAGGCACUAUCUCUUUCAUUAUCGUGUCAGGGCCUUUUAUCGAUGGCUCAGGCCAACUGUAAAUCAGCUAUAGCAUUUUUGCAAUUUGGAACCCCAUGUCUUCUCUGCGCCCUCCUCGUCUCUCGACGACCCUCUCAUGUUACCUUGCUAUUUUUGUGUUUCUCUGACCUCGCCGGUGAGGGAAAAGAGACGCGGACGCUCGAAAACUCGUAUAUUCAAUAUUUAUUCCAUUUGGAUACGUAUAGCCAGUUCACGGCUAGCUUGAGACGCUUAGGGGCGUGGCCUGUCUGCGCCCUCCACCAAAUAUGCACUAUCUCUUUUAUUAUCGUGUCAGGACCUUUUUUUGGUAGGAAUUAGGUUCUUGAAGUAGGUAUUCAAGCCUAUUGGCACGGUGCCAUGGUUUCCAUUUUUUUUUUUGAGUUUUCGAGAAGUAUUUUUUUAAAAAAAUAUAGAAUUUUUUUAGUCAAAAAAAUAACUUCCAGACAAAGUGUUGGUCGGAGAAUCCGAACGAUCGGAAUUCGAUGAAGGAGCUCGCCAAAUCGUUGGAACGGAUAACUGGGACGGCGCGGCCGAAUUUCAAUGCGAUCUCGAUGGCCUGGCUUGCUGAGGUACUCGUUUUUGGAAAGGGUUACGAAGAAAGCUCAAAAAAUGACCGUUUUUAUCGGUUUUACCUCAAUUUUUGGGUUAGGGAAGGCGAAAAUGGCAUGAAAAUAGUUCGGGACCUUUUUGUUCGUUUUUUGCCGGAAGUAUGUGUGAAAAAGUCUUAUUUUCGUUAGAUUUAAACAUAAUUUUGGAUGCAAGAAGAUCCAAAAAAUACUAAUUUUUCACUGAGACUUUAAUAAAGUUAUGGGACAAAGAAGAAGCUCAAAAGUUGAUAAUGAACAGUACUAUUGUUCUUGGGUCUAAGCCUAACUUUUGACUAGAACAUGUAGCUCAGAAAAUGCUUUGAAAACUGUGAAAACCUACAAAACAAAUUUGAAGCUGACCGGCGCGGCCGGGGCAGCCAAAUCGACCAAACGAGGUGUUCGCAAAUCCAAGGUUCCAAAGGGAUUGUCCAACAACAAUGAAUGA